AUGUACGGAUUGGUUAUUGAAGGUGUUCGUUUUAUGAUCCAAGAGAACUGGGGAACCCAGGUUCUUGAUCAGGUAAUUCUAUUGUAUAUAUCCAGAAGAUUCCAUAAAUUGUUCCAGGUCCAAAAAAUGACACUACUUUCUGAAAAGUCAAUUUCUACCCAUGAUCAAUAUUCAGAACACGUUGUUCCACAAAUGUUCAAAGCAAUUCAUGAAAUAACUGGAACACCUUAUGAACAAAUUGGAGUAUUGGCAGGUUGGUGACAUUUUUUGGAAUGAUUUUGAUCCACAAUUUUUGGAAAAACAUUUAUGAUAAGAAAAAUUAUUUGCAAAAAAUUGAUGGAGAAUUGUCAGAGAGGUUUUGCCAAAAAUUGAGGAUUCUGAAUUUUGUGGAAAUAAAAAACAUAUUUGUUUUAAAAAUAAAAAAGGUUUAAAAAGCUUUUAGAGUUAGAUUAAAGUCUGAUACUGAGUAAUUUUUUUUGAAAAUUUUUUAAUCUACAAGUUUUGGAAACAAUUUUUUUCUUUUAGAAAGAAAAAUUGAAUUUCAAAAAAAUUUCUGAGAAUUCAAAAAAAAAUUGUUGAUCAGAAACUUUCAGAGCUUCUGAAUUUUUAUGACGAGGAAAGCUGAAUGAGAUAAACUUUUAAAUUUUCUGAAAAUAAACAUAACAUUAAACAUUGAAUAGAGAAAAAUUCUACAACACUUUCCAGGUCGAUUUUUUGUCCAGUUCCUGAUUCGAAAUGGCUAUGGUGAUUUGAUGAAUGUUAUGGGCCGACGAUUUUCGGAUUUCAUCAAAGGACUUGAUAACAUCCACGAAUAUUUCAGAUUCAGGUUUUUUUCAUAAUUAGUCCCUCUCUCUCUCUCUUUCUAUCUCAAGUCAUCUGAAAAAAAUCUUUAACUUUUGAUCAGCUAUCCAAAACUACGUGCUCCAUCGUUUUAUUGUCAAUCCGAAUCGGAAGACGGAUUAAUUUUACACUACCGUAGUCGGCGGACCGGAUAUUUGUCAUAUGUAAUCGGUCAAUUAGUCGAAUUAGCAAGAGUUUUUUAUCAUCUCAAUAUUGGAAUACAGGUUAUUUUUAGAAAUUCUGAGAAUGCUUUUAAAUUAAAGUGUUUACAGGUGCUCAAGAAAAAAGAAAAGGGAAAAUUCCAAUUUGUAGUCAUGAAAAUAAACUUUGAAAACAUUGGAUUGAACUUGGAUGUGAGAUUGAGAGAAAGAGUUAAAAAUCUCAAUGAAUAUUUGCCAGUCGAUACAAGAAGCUUUUUGAGAAUGUUUCCAUUUCAUAUAAGUUUCAACAAAAAGUUGGAAAUUAUAAUGAUGGGACAAGGUCUUCAUAAUAUUAUGCCAAAUAGUCAAGGACUUCUAAUGACUGAUAUUUUCGAUUUACAACGUCCUUGUAUUAAAUUCACAGCUGAAGGAAUUAUUGUUCAUCAGAAUUGUGUUUUUCAAGUUGAAUCAUUGCAUCCAGUUAUAAAGAAAUCUGAAAAUGAGAAUAUUUUAGUGAAGAUUAAUGAUGUGACUGAAGAUAAAGUAUCAUUAGAGAAGAAAACUGUGACAGAUAAUGAUUAUGAGAGUUUACCCUAUGUUAUACUUCGAGGUCCAAUUAUUUAUCUCAAAACUUGUGACACUUUCUUAUUUCUAGCAACUUGUGUGUAAGUUUUUUUCGAUUUGAAGUUCUUGAAUUUUUUACCUAAACUUUUUUAAGCGUUGACACAUUGGAUGCAAUGUUUAAGAUGGGCUUAUAUUUAAACGAUUUUGGUGAAUCUGAUUGUAAUCGAGAAAUUAUUAUGUCAACAAUUCAGAAAAGUGAUACUCUAAAACAAAUGUUGGAAAAUGAAAAACGAAGAAGUCAAGUUUUAACCGAAAUGACCAAGGAAAUAUCCGAAGCAAAAAGGAAGACUAGAAAACUUUUAUCACAAAUGAUGCCAUUUGAAGUUGCUAAACAAAUGAUGAGAAGUGGAAAUGUUGAACAUUGUGAGGCUUUUGAAUGUGUAUCAAUUGGGUUUAUUCGAGUUUGUGAUUUUGCGAAAAUUUCAUUAUCAAUUGAAGCAUUUGAUGUUGUUAAUUUAUUGAACACGUAAGUUUUUGUACUUUUUUUUCAAAUAUUUUUUUCACAAUUAAUUUCAGGUUAUAUUCGAUUCUUGAUGAAAUAGUUGAUUUACACGGUGUUUAUAAGAUUGAAACAAUUGGUGAAGCAUAUAUGAUUUCUGCUGGUUGUCCAUAUCGAGAUGAUGGAGACGCAGAGAUGAUUGCAGAUUGUUGUCUUGAAAUGAUUCAAGCUGUUAAAAACUUUGAAUAUCCAAAUCUAGAGAAUGUUAAAAAGGUUCAAGUAAAAAUUGGAAUAUUUUCUGGUCCAGUUGUUGGGGGUGUUGUAGGUGUUCGAACUCCUCGCUAUUGUCUUUUCGGUGACACAGUAAACACGGCAAGUCGAAUGGAAUCAUCAAACAAAACUCCAAUGACAAUUCAAAUCGGUCAAAGGACUCGCGAUCGUCUCGAAAAACAUAACAGCGGUGCAUUUCGAAUUAAACCAAAAGGAAGUGCAACAAUUAAAGGGAAAGGUGUUAUGAAGGUUUAUGAAGUUGAGAAGAAAAAAGGGCGAGCAAGAUAUAAGAAGGUGGAGCCGAUACGAAAACGAGUUAUUGAGGAAAAAGCGAAGGCGGAUGACGAAUUGAUGGAUGAAGAUAUGGAUGGGCAUCGGGGAAGUGCAUUGAGUCGAAUGAGUUUAGCGUGAGUCAUUUUUAAUUUUUGCUAUUUUUGCUUUUUUUCUUGCCCCAUUUCGUUUCCUGGCAAAAAAAUAUAUGUGUUAAGAGAAAAAUGGGCGUGUCAUGUGUUUUUCUUUGACCUGCUGAUCAUCUAUUCCGGAAAAUGAAUUCUUAAUGCGAAAUGCCAAGAAGAAAAAUUAAUGCCGGAUGUGCGUAAAUAUGCAUCCGAUGUUUAUAAAAAGCCAUCAAAAUAUAUUCAGUCACGAAACUCUUUUUUUUUUGAAAACUUCUCCUGAAGAGAUCUCUAUUUUUUGUGUGUUUACAGAGAAUCUGAAGAUAGCAGUGGAUCGAGACGUGGAAGUUUGUCAGCAUCCCAACUUGAAUUGAAUAAGGUAACCUUGACUGGAAAACGGGAGAAAAUUUUGAAAAAAAAACACGUUUUGUAGACGAUUGCGCAUACGAUUGAGAUAACUUCGCGAGCUGCAUCAAUUUUGGAUAUGAAUAAUAUGCAAGACGAAAAUAAUCGGCCAGCUUGGUCUUCUUCACAUUCCGAUGAACGACUCAAUAAAAAAAUCAAAAAAUCUGAGAGCAAACUCACAUUGAGCUCUCGAAUUAGCACAAGUGGUGAGUGAGAAUUCAUAGAUCAUCAACUCAUCAAAAAUGAUUUGUUUUUUUUUCUUAGAACUCGCAUCAAGUCGAAGUUUUGAGCCAAAAGAAGAAGAUACACCACGCCCAACAACUGAUGAGAUGGAGCAAAUGCAAAAGGCGCAGAGUGGAAAUUUGGAAAGUGUGCGUGAAGUUGAGGAGAAAGAGACGGUGAUUCAAAAAGAAGAAGUUGAAGAAGAGGAAUCAGAACCAGUUAAUGUAGCGGAGGCGGAUUCAAUCAGUGCAGUCUUGGAUAUGGUGGAGGCUAGUGAAACUGCCAGUUUUGCCGAGAUUCCAAGCGAUAGUGUGAGUUAUAUUUAUAAAACUUGUUUUUGAGUGAAGUAAAUAUUAUUGAUUUUAGAUUCCACAAGACGUUCGAGUUGCUUUGCCAGAUCCAGAAGAAGCAGAGAAAAUGGUAAAACGAGUCUCAAUUUCAUCUGUGAGCAGUGUUGAAGAAGAUGUGAGUGUUUUUUUUUUAUUUUCAAACUCUACACUCCUUUCUAAAAAACGUUGAACACCUUAAAACAUUUACUUCCUUUUUUCCUUCUAUUAAUAUUUCAUUAACAAAUUAAUCAUCGGGAUCUGCUGGCACUAAAAAGUGAUUUUCUGUCAAAUAUUUGUUAGCCUCGAAUCCAAUAAUUUGCCCGAUCAAAAACGAUCCGCCGAAACACGUGGCAAUUUUUAAUCUUCCAUUUUUUGUCGCAAACGGUUUUUGUCGAAUUAUUUUCCUUGUUAAAAUCUGAAAACUAUUAUUUGUGAAUGUGUUUUUUUUUGUCAAAUUGAGAAGCUCACCAUUAUACCCUUGAGAAAAUAUUAGAAAUAAUAAAUUUUUAGACACGUCCUGCCAAAAAGAUAACAGCAAAGCCCACGUCAAAAUCAAGAGAAUCUAAAGAAUCCGUGAGUUUUAUUUUAAUAUUUUCAUUUUCAUUUUUUUGAAUUAUAUCGAAAAAGUAAAUACCUAAUUUUUCAGGUGUCUCAAUUAUCCCGCAAUCCUUCUCGAAAACAACGAUGUCGAUGUGACGACAUUCGAGCCGACUCAAAAUUGAAGACAAAAGUGUGCACAAUUAUGUGA